AUGCCGCAGACAGCGUCGUCUGCCAGGCGCUGUCUGUAUCUGGCUGCCCUGAAACAAGAGAGACAUCACUCCCAUUGGAGAGACAGGAAGAAAACGGUACUAUUGGGGUUUUACCACAGCGAAGAAGAGCGUCUCUCUGUGUUGAACUCUGACUGCUUUAUUAUUACACAUUAGGGAGAAUGGGACCAUCACUUUUCCACUUCUGUGGAUGGAAGUGGAAGAAGGAUACGUUUUUUUUGGGGAAAUGGGUUCUCUUUGAGGAGGAGGACAACAUCAGAUAUUUCCACACUGUCGCAUUGCGGAUUUCUCCGCCAAAAAAAAAAAGGAGGAAAAGUUGGACAACACAAGGUUGUUAAUCACACUAAGGAUUCGGAUUUGGGAUAAAGAAUAUGUCUGUGGCUGGGAUACUCGGAUGGGGAAGUGAACUUAGUAGGAUAUGAGGAUAUGAGUUGACACGUCUGUCUCUUUGAUGUAUUCUCCCUGUCAUGGCUGAGAUGGGAGGGGGGAAGGAGGGAAUAAAAUGAUGCCUGUCUGAUUGCUUCAUCGACUGCAUCCUCCUGCAUCCUCCUGCUUCCCCAUACUCAACAUUUACACAGGGGCAUCUUUUGGCACCUCUCAGCAACAAUGGACAGCUUACUACUGUGGCUGAGACGGACGGGGCUAGCAGCAGCUGGACCUGGUGUUAAGAGCAGGUGAUGGAGCAGACAGAGAGUCCCUCCCCUGGGAGCCGCACAGACCCACAGUAACACAUUGAAUAACACAUCAAUUAAUGGCAAAAAUGACAGUCCAAAAAAUUAAUAAUAAGAAACAAGGUUUUGAAGUGUCUGUCCUAAAUCUAGGAGAUAUAAGAAAUCUCAGGAAAUAUAUAUAUAUAUAUAUAUAUAUUUACACAUACAGUAUUUAACCCCUUUUCUGGGUAGGCACAAAACAACCUUCAUACUUCUAUUUUUUAUUUUUUUUUACCGGUACCGGUUACGUUCAGACAAGUCCUGUGACACCAUCGUGUUUGUAGACGAAACGGUUCGGACGCUACCAAACAGAAGUUGGCACAUCGACGGUACCGACUUCAGACGAGUCUCCUGGCACCCUGUGGGGGUGGUAGAGCAAAACAGUGGAGUGGUCCUAAAAUAUUUUGUAGGUCAAACCGAUCGGACACUACAGAUGUUUCCGUAAGACCCGGCGCCAGGAUAAAGUGACUACGGGGGCAGUUGAAAUCGGCGAGGGGGCAACAUUCUUGCAUUGGAAUUAUAUUGAAUUCUGAUUAUAUAAUCACACUAUACCACAACAAACAGAAAGUUAAAAUGCAGAGACUCCAAGAUCAUUGAGCGCUUUUGAAAUCUGUAUCGCUGCUGCACUGUAUCAGCACAAUGGACAGCGCCCUACAGCUAUGCCAUUUUGGUAAUGAAAAUAGGCUACACGAUACACUAUAUAUACAAAAGUAUGUGGACACCCCUUCAAAUUAGUGGAUUGCAUAGUGCCAACUAUAAAGUUUGGUGGAGGAGGAAUAAUGGUCUGGGGCUGUUUUUCAUGGUUCGGGCUAGGCCCCUUAGUUCCAGUGAAGGGAAAUCUUAACGCUAUAGCGUACAAUGACAUUCUAGACGAAUCUGUGCUUCCAACUUUGUGGCAACAGCUUGGGGAAGGCCCUUUCCUGUUUCAGCAUGACAAUGCCCCCUUGCACAAAGCGAGGUCCAUACAGAAAUGGUUUGUCAAGAUUGGUGUGGAAGAACUUGACUGGCCUGCACAGAGCCCUGACCUCAACCCAAUCAAACACCUUUUGGAUGAAUUGGAAAUCCUACUGCGAGCCAGGCCUAAUCGCCCAACAUCAGUGCCCGACGUCACUAAUGCUUUUGUGGCUGAAUGGAAGCAAGUCCCCGCAGCAAUGUUCCAACAUCUAGUGGAAAGCCUUUCCAGAAGAGUGGAGGCUGUUAUAGGAGCAAAGGGGGGACCAACUCCAUAUCAAUGCCCAUGAUUUUGGAAUUAGUUCGACAAGCAGGUGUCGACAUACUUUUGGUCAUGUAGUGUAGAUAGGGCAAUUCACAUAUUACAAACCGUACACACAGCUGUAUUUGUAUUUGUAUUUAUUAUGGAUCCUCAUUAGUUCCUGCCAAGGCAGCAGCUACUCUUCCUGGGGUUUAUUAUGGAUCCCCAUUAGUUUCUGCCCAAGGCAGCAGCUACUCUUCCUGGGGUUUAUUAUGGAUCCCCAUUAGUUUCCUGCCAAGGCAGCAGCUACUCUUCCUGGGGUUUAUUAUUGGAUCCCCAUUAGUUCCUUGCCAAGGCAGCAGCUACUCUUCCUGGGGUUUAUUAUGGAUCCCUCCAUUAGUUCCUGCCAAGGCAGCAGCUACUCUUCCUGGGGUUUAUUAUGGAUCCCCAUUAGUUCCUGCCAAGGCAGCAGCUACUCUUCCUGGGGUUUAUUAUGGAUCCCCAUUAGUUCCUGCCAAGACAGCAGCUACUCUUCCUGGGGUUUAUUAUGGAUCCUCAUUAGUUCCUGCCAAGGCAGCGACUACUCUUCCUGGGGCUCAGCAAAAUGAAGGCAGUUAUACAAUUUUAAAAACAUUACAAUACAUUCACAACAGAUUUCACAACACAUUAAGUGUUCCAUAAGGUGUAUUUGUAUCUGUUUUUUUUUUUAAAUCUAACUUUACUGCUUGCAUGAGUUACUUGAUGUGGAAUAGAGUUCCAUGUAGUCAUGGCUCUGUGUAGUACUGUGCUCCUCCCAUAGUCUGUUCUUGACUUGGGGACUGUGAAGAGACCUCUGGUGGCAUGUCUUGUGGGGUAUGCCUGGGUGUCUGAGCUGUGUGCCAGUAGUUCAAACAGACAGCUCGGUGCAUUCAACAUGUCAAUACCUCUCACAAAUACAAGUAGUGAUGAAGUCAAUCUCUCCUCCACUUUGAGCCAGGAGAGAUUGACAUGCAUGUUAUGAAUCUUAGCUCUCUGUGUACAUCCAAGUCCCUCUUUGUGGCACCUGACCACACGACUGAACAGUAGUCCAGGUGCGACAAAACUAGGGCCUGUAGGACCUGCCUUGUUGAUAGUGCUGUUAAGAAGGCAGAGGAGCACUUUACUAUGGACAGACUUCUCCCCAUCUUAGCUACUGUUGUAUCAAUUUGUUUUGACCAUGACAGUUUACAAUCCAGGGUUACUCCAAGCAGUUUAGUCACCUCAACUUGCUCAAUUUCCACAUUAUUCAUUACAAGAUUUAGUUGAGGUUUAGGGUUUAGUGAAUGCUUUUUGAAAUAUUUAGGACUAACUUAUUCCUUGCCACCCAUUCUGAAACUAACUGCAGCUCUUUGUUAAGUGUUGCAGAUAUUUCAGUCGCUGUAGUAGCUGACGUGUAUAGUGUUGAGUCAUCCGCAUACAUAGACACACUGGCUUUACUCAAAGCCAGUGGCAUGUCAUUGGUAAAAAUUGAAAAAAAAAAAGGGGCCUAGACAGCUGCCCUGGGGAAUUCCUGAUUCUACCUGGAUUAUGUUGGAGCUCUCUUAACACAAUAAUGCAAACUAAAUGCUGAAAGUAGGAGCCUAGUUAUUCAUGCAUGCAAACAAAAAUGCUAAAUAGCAGUUUGGGUUAGAAUACUGGGAAUGCGAACAAAUGAGUGAAAACAGAACAAAACAGCGGUACCAAGUAGGCCUAGUAAAUAAAAUAUCAGAUCGAUAAAGGCGUGACACAAUUUACAUUUAGGAUAGUUGCAUUAACAGUAAACAAACACAGUAAACAAAAGGCGAAUGGAGAUCCUAAUAACCAAAACAUAGCCUACAGCCUACUACAGUGAGAUGAAGCUAUGCACAGCUGUCUUGCUUCAAACAUGGAAAAUCAUGCUGCUCAGAGGUGAGAGAUGAGAAGCAUUUUCCCCCCCGUUUUUUUAUACCUAACUGCCCAGUGUCCAUAGCCUCCCGACACAAACCGUGGCACGCUGUGUCCAUUGUGCUAACGCAAGCGGAGAUACUGAUUUUUUUGGGGCGCCAACCUGUCACAAUCAUUUUAACUUUGUUACUAUUUUUAUAUAUAUGGACACUGAAACUAAAACUGAGGGGGAUUGUCACGGUCGUCUAUGUCGUCUAAGUAUGACCAAGGCGCAGCGUGUCCAAGAAACAUGACUUUAUUAAUUAAACGUUAUAGAACUACAAAACAAAAGACGACUCAAUGAAGUCCACGGUACACUGACCGAAACGGAACAAAAACCCACAAUUCCCACAGGAAAACAUUCAGAUUAAAUAUGGCUCCCAAUCAGAGAUAACAACGAGCCGACAGCUGACACUCGUUACCUCCGAUUGGGAGUCAUAGACCAAACCUAGAAAUGAAGCCAACAGAAAGGCAAACCUAGAAAUACACCCCAAACCCAACAUAACAAAAUACACCCUGGCUCAAAUACAAAAGUCCCGGAGCCAGAGUGUCACAGUACCCCCCCCCUAAAGGUGCGAACUCCGGGCGCACCAGCAUACAGUCUAGGGGAGGGUCUGGGUGGGCGUCUGUCCACGGUGGCGGUUUCUGGCCCUGGUCGUGGUUCCCCACCCCACCUUAGUCACUAUCUGCCUCCGUAGCCUCCUCCACAUGACCACCCCCCAACUAAACCCCACUGGAUUAAGGGGCGUCACCGGACUAAAGGGCAGCACCCGGACUAAGGGGCAGCACCAGUAUAAGGGGCAGCACCGGGCCUAAGGGACAGCACCGGACUCAAUGGCGGAUCCUGGCUGGCUGGCUCUGGCGGAUCCUGGCUGGACGGCUCAUGGCUGGCUGAAGGAUCUGGCUGCUCAUGGCUGGCUGACGGAUCUGGCUGCUCAUGGCUGGCUGACGGAUCUGGCUGCUCAUGGCUGGCCGACGGAUCUGGCUGCUCAUGGCUGGCCGACGGAUCUGGCUGCUCAUGGCUGGCUGAAGGAUCUGGCUGCUCAUGGCUGGCUGACGGAUCUGGCUGCUCAUGGCCGGCUGACGGAUCUGGCUGCUCAUGGCUGGCGGAAGACUCUGGCUGAUCCUGUCUGGCGGAAGGCUCUGUCUGAUCCUGUCUGGCGGAAGGCUCUAGCGGCUCCGGUCUGGCGGACGGCUCUGAAGGCUCAUGGCAGACGGGCGGCUUUGCAGGCUCAGUCCAGACGGCCAGUUCAGCGCCUUUGGGCAGACGGGCAGUUCAGGGCCCCGUUGGGCAGACGGCAGACUCUGGCCGUCUGAGGCGCACCGUAGGCCUGGUGCGUGGUGCCGGAACUGGAGGUACCGGGCUGAGGACACGCAUCUCAGAGCUAGUGCGGGGAGAAGCAACAGGGCAAUGCUGGACCCUGGGGACGCACAUAAGGCCUAGUGGCGGAGAGCAGCAACAGGACGCACAGGACUCGGGGAACACACAGGAGGCUUGGUGCGUGGUGUAGGGCACUGGUGGUACUGGGCUGGAGCGGGGAGGUGGCGCCGGAAAUACCGGACCGUGCAGGCUUACUGGCCCCCUUGAGCACUGAGCCUGCCCAACCUUACCCGGGUUGAUGCUCCCCGUCGCCCGACCAGUACGGGGAGGUGGAAUAACCCGCACCGGCCUAUGUGGGCGAACCGGGAACACCAUGCGUAAGGCUGGUGCCAUGUACGCCGGCCCGAGAAGACGCACUGGUAGCCGGAUGCGUUGGGGCCGGCUUCAUGACAUCUGGCUCAACGCUCACUCUAACCCCGGCCGAUACGUGGAGCUGGAAUGUACCGAACCGGGCUAUGCCUGCGUACAGGAGACACCAUGCGCUCUACUGCGUAACACGGUGUCUGCCCGUACUCUCGCUCUCCACGUAAGUCCAGGGAGUAGGCGCAGGUUCUCCUACCUGACUUCGCCACACUCCCUUUAAGCCCCCCCCCAAUAAAUUUUUGGGUGGUACCCACGGGCUUCCAGCCUUGACUCCGUGCUGCCUCCUCAUAUACCGCCUCCUCUCGGCUUUAGCUGGCCUCCAGCUCUUCACGAGGGCGGCGAUAUUCUCCCGGUUGUGCCCAAGGACCCUUUCCAGCCAGUAUCUCCCCUCAUGUCCAUGAAUCCUUAGGAGCAGGGUCCUGUUGCCGCUUGACACGCUGCUUGGUCCUAUUAUGGUGGGUUUUUCUGUCACGGUCGUCUAUGUCGUCUAAGUAUGACCAAGGCGCAGCGUGUCCAAGAAACAUGACUUUAUUAAUUAAACGUUAUAGAACUACAAAACAAAAGACGACUCAAUGAAGUCCACGGUACACUGACCGAAACGGAACAAAAACCCACAAUUCCCACAGGAAAACAUUCAGAUUAAAUAUGGCUCCCAAUCAGAGAUAACGAGCCGACAGCUGACACUCGUUACCUCCGAUUGGGGAGUCAUAGACCAAACCUAGAAAUGAAGCCAACAGAAAGGCAACCUAGAAAUACAACCCAACCCAACAUAACAAAAUACACCCUGGCUCAAAUACAAAAGUCCCGGAGCCAGAGUGUCACAGGGAUCAAGUUUGAUCUGAGGGGGCUAAGCCUCCUGGAGCCGGAUCCGGAGACGCAGCCUGGCUAGGUGCUGUAGAGAGAGUCCCUCCCUGAGGAGUGGGAGCUGCGGCCUGGCUAGGUGCUGUAGAGAGAGUCCCUCCCUGGGGAGUGGGAGACGCAGCCUGGCUAGGUGCUGUAGAGAGAGUCUCUCCCUGGGGAUUGGGAGACGCAGCCUGGCUAGGUGGCUGUAGAGAGAGUCCCUCCCUGGGGAGUGGGAGCUGCGGCCUGGCUAGGUGCUGUAGAGAGAGUCCCUCCCUGGGGAGUGGGAGCUGCGGCCUGGCUAGGUGCUGUAGAGAGAGUCCCUCCCUGGGGAGUGGGAGCUGCGGCCUGGCUAGGUGCUGUAGAGAGAGUCCCUCCCUGGGGAGUGGGAGACGCAGCCUGGCUAGGUGCAUUAGAGAGAGUCCCUCCCUGGGGAGUGGGAGCUGCGGCCUGGCUAGGUGCUGUAGAGAGAGUCCCUCCCUGGGGAGUGGGAGCUGCAUCCAUGACAUCAAGGUGGUGUAACUAUUCACCAUAUAUCCGUGUCACCCUCACUCAACCUUGGUUCCCGGUCAUCACACAUCCAGUUUAAUGUCACACAUACUUACCAACCUGGCUAAAUUACACCUGAUCUCUUCAGUAAGUAACCCGCCAGCCUUACCAGAUAGUGUUGUCAUUAUGAGUGUCAAACAGGUUGAGACCAGGGGGGGGGUCUCUUUUUGGUAGUACCUCUCUUUAAACUAGAGGCCAUUCAGAUUCACACGGGCCCUGUCUAUGGCUUUGUCCCAAAUUUACAUUUUAGUCAUUUAGCAGACGCUCUUAUCCAGAGCGACUUACACAGGAGCAAUUAGGGUUAAGUGCCAUGCUCAAGGGCACAUCGACAUUUUUUGCCCAGUCGGCUCGGGGAUUAGAACCAGCGACCUUACUGGCACCCUAUUCCCAUUGUAGUGCACUACUUUUGACAAGGGCUUAUAGAGCUCCACCUGUCCCCUGGUCUCACCCAUAGGGCUCUGGUCAAAAGUAGUGCACUAUAUAUUAAAUAGGGUGCCAUUUGGGCUGCCUGGAAGAGUUGAAUGACUGGUCUGAGGGGUGGCAGGUAUCCUAGUGGUUAGAGAGGUGAGCCAGCAAAAUGUAAUUGCCUGCUGUUGUGCCCUAGUGUGGUAGUCCCCCACACCUGUCCAAAACCUGUAUAUGUAUGCCUGUCUGUAUGUCUUUAUGUAUGCCUGUAUGUCUGUCUGUGUGUGUGUGUCUUUCGAAGGAGUUGGGUUAAAAACAGAAGACAAAAUGUUGGUUGGACAUUGUGUACAAUUGACCAAUGAAGUGAUCUUAAUUAAUACAGGCCCCUUGCCGUAGUGUGUGUGUGUGUGUUAGUGCUGAGCAUUAACCGAAAUAUCAGUUACUGUUCAGUUUUUAAACAACUAAUUGACCAAUGUAGGUUCAAUUAUUUGAAUUCCUUUUCAUUCCGUUUGUUUUCUUUGAGCUCAAUGCGCACAUUGGCAGAUAAGCAGUAGUAGGCAGGCCCUACCAUCAUGAGACAUUUAUUCAUUGAUUUAUUCUGUGUUGCUACAGCCUUCAACCCACAUAAUAAUGCAUAGUUCAUUUAAGGUUUAAUGUUUAAUGUGAAAUCGAAAACCGUGAUUAUUUUGUAAUAAUCGAACUAAAACCGAACAGACCACAAAAAGCACUAAUCGCUCAGCGGUAGUGUGUGUGUGAGUCCCUGGCUGCUCACUGCAGCCUGUACAACCUGUCUGUCAGCCAGGAUCCUGGUGGAAUAACACUGUGGUCUGUCAGCCAGGAUCCUGGUGGAAUAACACUGUGGUCUGUCAGCCAGGAUCCUGGUGGAAUAACACUGUGGUCUGUCAGCCAGGCUCCUGGUGGAAUAACACUGUGGUCUGUCAGACAGGCUCCUGGUGGAAUAACACUGUGGUCUGUCAGCCAGGCUCCUGGUGGAACAACACUGUGGUCUGUCAGCCAGGAUCCUGGUGGAAUAACACUGUGGUCUGUCAGACAGGCUCCUGGUGGAAUAACACUGUGGUCUGUCAGCCAGGCUCCUGGUGGAAUAACACUGUGGUCUGUCAGCCAGGAUCCUGGUGGAAUAACACUGUGGUCUGUCAGACAGGCUCCUGGUGGAAUAACACUGUGGUCUGUCAGCCAGGCUCCUGGUGGAAUAACACUGUGGUCUGUCAGCCAGGAUCCUGGUGGAAUAACACUGUGGUAUGUCAGCCAGGAUCCUGGUGGAAUAACACUGUGGUCUGUCAGCCAGGCUCCUGGUGGAAUAACACUGUGGUCUGUCAGACAGGCUCCUGGUGGAAUAACACUGUGGUCUGUCAGCCAGGCUCCUGGUGGAAUAACACUGUGGUCUGUCAGCCAGGAUCCUGGUGGAAUAACACUGUGGUCUGUCAGCCAGGCUCCUGGUGGAAUAACACUGUGGUCUGUCCGCCAGGAUCCUGGUGGAAUAACACUGUGGUCUGUCAGCCAGGCUCCUGGUGGAAUAACACUGUGGUCUGUCAGCCAGGCUCCUGGUGGAAUAACACUGUGGUCUGUCAGCCAGGCUCCUGGUGGAAUAACACUGUGGUCUGUCAGCCAGGCUCCUGGUGGAAUAACACUGUGGUCUGUCAGCCAGGCUCCUGGUGGAAUAACACUGUGGUCUGGUAGCCAGGCUCCUGGUGGAAUAACACUGUGGUCUGUCAGCCAGGCUCAUGGUGGAAUAACACUGUGGUCUGUCAGACAGGCUCCAGGUGGAAUAACACUGUGGUCUGUCAGCCAGGCUCAUGGUGGAAUAACACUGUGGUCUGUCAGACAGGCUCCCGGUGGAAUAACACUGUGGUCUGUCAGCCAUGGCUCAUGGUGGCAUAACACUGUGGUCUGUCAGCCAGGCUCCUGGUGGAAUAACACUGUGGGUCUGUCAGCCGGCUCCUGGUGGAAUAACACUGUGGUCUGUCAGCCAGGCUCCUGGUGGAAUAACACUGUGGUCUGUCAGCCAGGCUCCUGGUGGAAUAACACUGUGGUCUGUCAGCCAGGAUCCUGGUGGAAUAACACUGUGGUCUGUCAGCCAGGCUCCUGGUGGAAUAACACUGUGGUCUGUCAGCCAGGCUCCUGGUGGAAUAACACUGUGGUCUGGUAGCCAGGCUCAUGGUGGAAUAACACUGUGGUCUGUCAGCCAGGCUCCUGGUGGAAUAACACUGUGGUCUGUCAGCCAGGCUCCUGGUGGAAUAACACCGUGGUCUGGUAGCCAGGCUCCUGGUGGAAUAACACUGUGGUCUGGUAGCCAGGCUCAUGGUGGAAUAACACUGUGGUCUGGUAGCCAGGCUCAUGGUGGAAUAACACUGUGGUCUGGUAGCCAGGCUCAUGGUGGAAUAACACUGUGGUCUGUCAGCCAGGCUCCUGGUGGAAUAACACUGUGGCUGAUUUGA